UUUACACGUAGUGGUCCGUCCGCGCACACCGGUCUCGCUCGUAUACGUACACACACACGCCACGUUUUCCCGACGCGUUUGACGGUGCAUCCGAUUAAUAAUAGUGCAGUCGUUUUUGCGUUUCUCUAUCACUAUAAUAUUAUUAUUGUACUGUUAUCGAGCGUUUGCAGUUGUUCGUCGCGAUCCGUUUAUGUUAUGUGUCAAUGACUUUCGUGGCCACGAAUAGUAUGAAAUCGAUAGCUUUGCGUACCAACAAGAGCGGCGGCGGGGGCGGUUAUUACGGAGGUUGUGGCGGUUACCCGACGGAUCUGAGUUACGCCGUGAGGUGCCGUUCCCGAAGUCCGGUCCCGCAACCGGCCGACGACAUGGACGACAUAAGCGUGGGACGGCCAUCGCCGCCCGCGUCCCCAGAAUGCUAUGCUCGUCUUCACGACAACCGCGGAGACGGUGCCGUCGCCGAUUCCGACAGCAGCGAUUCUUCGGCGGGGUCGGAUUACUUCGAGCCCUUAAAGAAGUUGGGCACCGUGCAGAUAGACAAGGUCAGCUACGGCAUCAGCGAGCGCAAAAACUACGUGCCCAAACGGCGAGCGCAGCAACACCACAGACAGACGCAACUGGGCGCCCUGGCGGCCGUCGAGAUGCAAGCCCAGCGUAGGACGAGCGUCGGGGCUAUGAGCGCGGAAGACGCUGCGCCCGCGGCCGGCGUUAAGUCCUUUAGUAUAGCCGAUAUCCUAAGUCACGAGCCGUCUACGGGCAGCACCGUUAAGUCGACCGUGCCCGCCGAAGACUCCGCCAAAAUCGUCAGGCCCUGGACGGAAGAAUACCAAGUGGCGGCUCAGCCCCCGUGCAGUUCGUUUGUGCCGCCACCUCCUCCGGCUCACCGACAGCCCGUCGGUGCCCUGUUCCCGCACUCGCUGUUUAUCCAACACCUACACCAGCACCACCAACACCGUCCCAAGUCGACCGACUACGAAACGUCCACGUGUACCAGCGGCCGAUCCAGCACCGACGGCAGCGAGUGUUGCACAAGUCCUGAAAUUGCCAGCUGCACCCAAGCCAGCGCGUCGUCAAGAUCCAGGAAACCACAAACGGCCGGUAAAAACAACGACAAUUCGUCUCCACUGGACGCCUUAUUCCAGAUGACCAGCAAGACCUUCGAUCAGCUGCAUGGGGAUGCUUCCGGAGCCGAUACUAGUUCGAGUCAUCUGAACCUGUUCAACUCGAGGGCGCAACCCAAGAAGAAACGCAAAUCCCGCACCGCCUUCACCAAUCAUCAGAUUUUCGAACUGGAAAAACGGUUCCUAUACCAAAAGUACUUGUCGCCGGCCGAUCGCGACGAAAUAGCGUCCAGCUUGGGUCUGACCAACGCGCAGGUGAUCACGUGGUUCCAAAACAGGCGAGCCAAAAUGAAGAGGGAUUACGAGGAACAGAAAAAGGACCGGGAAACAUUGGCGGCCCUAAGCGAGCAUAAGUUGUUCCUGGAGACAGCGCAAAAUAUGGGCAUCCUUAAAAAGAAGACACAACCUACAGAGACCAGUUCGCCCGACAACAAGACGUUCGACGAAUAAAAUGCGGUUCCUGCUUCUUUCCUAUUGUUCGAAUCAAAAAAGAAAUUACUGUUUUUUUCCCUUUAUCCACCAACUCAAUUAACAUGCAUCACAAAAAAUUAUUGUAAUCAUGAUGCCGCGUGUACAUAUUAUUAUUAUAUCAAUUACAACUAAGUUAUGUUAAGAUCUCAUAUAUUAUGUUCAUUGCGCCAACGACGGUCUAAUAACGCCACUCGUUUCCUCCGUUUGUGUAAAGCUGAGUUUAACGGACGUGUGUAAUCAGUAUAUUUAUUAUAUUAUUAUUAGGUAAAUUAUUUAUCGGAGAGAAACAACUACUAUAAUGAACAUUUUGUUAAUGCGUUAAAAAAAAUAUAUAGAAUAAAAACCAUGGCAUCCUAGUCUUUCUAUCGCUAAAGUAUUGUGUUUAUAUUUAACAUAUAAUAUUAUUAAAAAAUUAUGUGUACAUAAUAGUUAUAAAAUAUCUAGCAUAUUGUACGGUAUAUCUGUAGUGUCUCUAAAAUAUUACACUAUAUUAUAUGAACCUAAAUAAUUAUAUUAUAGGGAAUCACUUUACUGUUUACAAAUACUAUCUAGUAGCGUUAAGGACUAUUCAGGUAGCUGAAUAAAAACUGUAUGGUAAAACGUGAAAGUAUUAUCAUGGUUAAAAAAAAAAUUAAGCCUAAUAUGUUAAGUUUUUCGAGUUCGGUACACAUAAGUUAAGUACAAUGGUAUUCGAUUAUGAAUGGAUGUAUUAAGCGUUUAAAUUCCUCACGUAUAAUAAAUUUAAAAUUUAAAUUUAAAAAACUAUAUACUCUCAUUAUGUAAUAACUA